UAUUUUGGAAUAACAAUAAGGCCCCUGUAACGAAAUAACUGCAGAAACGGCAUCUUCAAGUCUUCUUAAGAAAAAAAUAUGUUUUUUUAAAAGGCUCAAGCGCUAUUCCAAAAUUACCAAUAAUAUUUUGAUUUGAUAGUGGCAGAGAUCUAGCUUGUAAACGUCUAAUUAUAACUACGCCGAAUUUCAUCGCCGCCGUCUGAUAAUCUCCCUUGCUGGUGCAUGGAAGGGCUGUGGAUCCAUCUGUAGGGCACGAUUUUCAAUUUAUUCAUAACUAAUGGCUUCGUGGCUCAAAGCCGCAGAAGAUUUAUUCGAAGUUGUAGAUCGAAGAGCAAAGCUGGUUGUUAGUGAACUGUCAGAAGAGCAAUCUGAUUCUCAGUUAGAAGGUUCUUCAGAAAAAAAGACAAAGUCAAGGACAAAGGCUCAAAAAAGACUUUCUACAACUAAAUCUCCCAAACCUAGUGAUACUGUACGUGAACACAAAAGUUCAGAAGGGUUACAAUCAGAUGUAACACCUGAGAAAGAUAAGGGUACUCUUUCUUCUGACAAUGAGGGAAACCCUAGUGCUAAGUCUAUGGUCCAGACAAGUAGUGAUCUGUAUAGCAACAAUGAGAAAGAUAACCCUAGAAUUCCUUCAUCUGAGGCAUUGGACACUGAUCUGGUUAAACAUGAUUCUGAUCAGGAAGAAGUCUCUGCAAUUGUUCGCAAUGCAGAAGCUUCAUUGUCAACUUCAAAUGGGGAGCUUCUCAAUGAGAAUGCUUCUGAUGUUCAUGUGGAGCACCCUCCUUCACCGGUAGCUGCCAAAGAUAUUGAGGUUCUUAGUGAAGAUCAUUUAACUGAUGGUAGGCAAAAUAUUGAAUCCCAAAGUGCAGAUGUUCCUUCAAAGACUCACCAAGAGAGGUCACAACCUGUAGCUGCUGAUUCUCCUGUUAACACUGAAGCUCAAUUAAAUGAAGAUGAUGUUAAAGUUGAAACUCCUGUGAAUCAAAAGAAGCCACAUGAGCAAAAUUCUGAUACUCCUCCAACGAUAGUCCAGGACCAACUAGAUGAGGCUCAAGGACUGCUUAAAACCACCAAUUCCACUGGUCAAUCAAAAGAGGCAAGGCUAGCUCGGGUUUGUGCUGGACUGUCAUCCCGUCUUCAAGAAUAUAAAUCUGAGAAUGCACAGCUUGAGGAGCUUCUAAUUGCUGAGAGAGAGCUGAGUAAGUCUUAUGAGGCUCGUAUAAAACAACUACAGCAAGAUUUAUCUGUAUCUAAGAGUGAAGUAACAAGGGUAGAGUCAAAUAUGGUUGAGGCUUUGGCAGCAAAGAACUCUGAGAUUGAGGCACUUGUCAAGUCUAUGGAUGCACUUAAGAAACAAGCUGCUUUAUCUGAAGGAAAUCUGGCAUCACUGCAGGCAAACAUGGAGUCUGUUAUGAGAAACAGGGAAUUGACAGAGACGAGGAUGAUGCAGGCCCUACGUGAGGAGUUGGCUUCUGCAGAAAGGAGAGCAGAAGAAGAACGUGCAGCACAUAAUGCUACCAAAAUGGCUGCUAUAGAAAGGGAAGUUGAAUUGGAACAUCGAGCUGUUGAGGCAUCUGCAGCUCUUGCUAGGAUCCAGAGGGUUGCAGAUGAGAGGACAACAAAAGCUGCAGAGCUUGAGCAGAAGGUGGCACUUCUUGAGGUAGAAUGCGCAUCUCUAAAUCAAGAAUUGCAAGAUAUGGAAGCUCGAGCUCGUCGUGAACAAAAGAAGUCCCCUGAAGAAGCAAAUCAAAUGGUUCAGAUGCAAGCAUGGCAUGAGGAAGUGGAGCAUGCACGGCGAGGUCAAAGAGAUGCUGAGAGCAAGCUCUCUUCGCUAGAGGCUGAAGUACAGAAAAUGAGGGUUGAAGUGGCUGCCAUGAAGAGGGAUGCUGAGCAUUAUUCACGCCAGGAGCAUAUGGAGCUAGAGAAACGCUACCGAGAACUAACUGAUCUAUUGUACUACAAGCAAACACAGUUAGAAACUAUGGCUAGUGAAAAAGCUGCAGCUGAGUUCCAGUUGGAGAAGGAAAUAAAGCGUCUUCAAGAAGCACAGGUUGAAGUAGAAAGAAGUAGAGUUCCUCAUCGGGCAUCAUCUUCCUGGGAGGAAGACACUGAAAUCAAAGCACUUGAGCCUCUUCCUUUGCAUCACCGACAGAUGGCUGCUGCAAACAUACAGUUACAGAAGGUCGCAAAAUUCCUGGAUUCAGGGGCAGUCAGGGCCACAAGAUUUCUUUGGCGAUAUCCAAUAGCUCGAAUAAUCUUGCUAUUCUAUCUUGUGUUUGUACAUCUCUUUUUGAUGUAUUUGUUGCAUCGCCUUCAGGAACAAGCGGACAAUUUUGCUGCUAGGGAACUCGCAGAAUCUAUGGGUCUUGCCAACCCUAACUUACCAUAAUUGGGCAAAAUGCCCCAGGUUUAUAUGCAAUGAUCCAAGAACUGAUCAAGAAGUAUGAAGCUAUAGAAGAUGCAUAUAGCGGAAGUCAAUCACUCCCAUUCUGGAUAUGCAAAUAUUCUUGGGAGCAAAUACUGCAGAUUGGAACUACUAGCAAAACUAGAUUUUGAUGCAUUUAUGAAAUUAAGAUGCAUCAAGCGGCUGCUAACUGUCCAAUGUCGAUAUACUACCAUUUUUACAUAAAUUUGAUUUUUGAAACGAGAAUGGCAAAAUCAGAAAUGAGAAGCUGCAUGUUGUAGAAUGCAGAUCCAAAGUCAUUAUCAUGUGAAGCAAAUAUUCUUUUAUAUGCAUACAGGUAAUUGUGGAAUCCUAACUUUUGCUUUUGACCUGUUCUUAACGUCGUAGAGUGGAAGUUCUGGAAUAUACAUGUAUGUGAAACUUAACUUUAACUAAGUAAUAUUAUACUAUGUUUGGAUGAAAAGGGAAAGAAAGA